CGACGGACGAUUUGCUACCCACCUCCCCAGCGCAGGCCUUCCGGUAUUAUUGGUGUUUCGAGCACAGAAAAAGCUGCCACAGCUGCUGCUCCUCCAUUGUUCAGCUGUCACUGCUGCGACUGCUUGCCAUCGUGCCCCUGCCAGCCAACUGCGCCCAACUCUAAACGGCCCCCUCCUGGCACCAUCGUCAUCAUCGCCGAACAGCAUCAUUUUUUUCCCGCUCUCGUCACCACACCUACCGGACCACGUUUCGGCGCACGCACCCGCUCUCGCCGCGGCCCACGAGAUUCGCCUCCCCCCUCCCUCCCCCCUUCCGUCAACCACGACAAGGAAUCUUCACAAUGGUCAACACCAGCACCGUAGCGACGAUAUCGGUCGCGACCGCCGUCACCGGCCUCUUCGCGUACGCCGUCUACUUUGACUACCAGCGCCGUGCCAACCCAGAGUUCCGCAAGACCCUGCGCCGCGAGUCCAGGCGGCAAGCCCGCGCCGAGAAAGACCAGGCCGCCGCCGCCAACAAGCAAAAGUCCCAGCAGGUCCACGCCGUCGUCGACGAGGCCCUCGAGGAGGGCUUCCCGACCGGCGUCAACGAGAAGGAGCAGUUCUUCAUGGACCACGUACAACAGGGCGAGCUGCUGGCGUCUGACCCUGCGAACACGACCGAGGCCGCUCUGGCCUUCUACAAGGCUCUCAAGGUCUACCCGACCCCGGGCGACCUUAUCAGCAUCUACGACAAGACCGUGGACAAGCGCGUGCUCGACGUCCUCGCCGAGAUGAUUGCCUACGACAAGUCUCUCGACCUCGGCAGCCAGCAGAUGCCCGCCGGCAUCAACCUUGCCGACCUGCAGAACCCUGGCCUUGACUAAGGAGUACCUCUGCACAUCUUCACUGCUGUACGCGCAGCACACAUGUCUGAGUGGACCCGCACAGGGCAGUUGGGGGGUGUCUUGGAGCAAAACACGGCAGAUCAGUGUAGUGGUCAAGUCCAAAGGUCAAUCGAAGAGAGGAGACCCCGCGAACAAUUGCAGGCAAAGCAGGUAUACAUGCAUGCAUUGCGUGUGUUCUGGCAAGUCACCCAAGAUGCGGGGGAUGUAUGAUAUAGUAUUUUUGGUGUAACAACGGCUCAUGCAGAAUGUACGCAUAGAACGAGGGGCAGAAGGGGCUCGAACCAUUUGGCCUGGUGUACAUAUAGCUCAAGAUGGAUGAAUAUGUGGGAAGGCAUGGCAUGACAAUGGCGGGAAGAUAGACAAGCUGUGCCACCGAGAACGGAAAAAAAAUGAAAUGAAACGAAACAAAGCUAUUGGCCUUGAGCGUGGUAGCACAUUGUGAUAUGAUAAAUUU